AUGGGGACUCCCAGGGCCCAGCAUCCGCCGCCUCUCCAGCUGCUGUUCCUGUUUCUGCUGAGCUGUCCCUGGAUUCAGGGUCUGCCCCUGAAGGAGGAGGAGGCAUUGCCGGAACCUGGAAGUGAGACCCCCACAGUAGCCUCUGAGGCCUUGGCGGAGCUGCUCCAUGGGGCCCUGCUGAGGAAGGGCCCAGAGAUUGGAUACCUGCCGGGAUCUGAUCCAGACCCCACACUAGCAACCCCUCCAGUCGGCCAGACUAUUAUUGCAGCACCCUUUCUGCCUCGGGCCACUGAGCCGGGCACAGGGCCUCUGACAACCGCCGUAACCCCUAAAGGGGGUAGGGGGGCAGGCCCCACCGCGCCAGAGCUGCUGACCCCGCCCCCAGGAACCACAGCCCCGCCCCUUCCCGGUCCCGCCUCUCCAGGCCCACCCUUGGGGCCCGAGGGAGGAGAAGAGGAGACCACGACCACCAUUAUCACCACGACAACUGUCACCACAACAGUGACCAGCCCAGUUCUGUGUAAUAACAACAUCUCCGAAGGCGAAGGGCACGUUGAAUCCCCAGAUUUAGGGAGCGCAGCCAGCCGCACCUUGGGGCUCCUGGACUGCACGUACAGUAUACAUGUCUACCCUGGCUACGGCAUUGAGAUCCAGGUGCAGAUGCUGAACCUGUCUCGGGAGGAGGAACUUCUGGUGCUGGCUGGUGGGGGGUCUCCAGGUCUGGCCCCCCGACUCCUGGCUAACUCCUCUAUGCUGGGUGAAGGACAGGUCCUUCGGAGUCCCACCAACCGGCUGCUCCUGCACUUUCAGAGCCCACGGGUCCCCAGGGGUACUGGCUUCAGGAUCCACUAUCAGGCCUACCUCUUGAGCUGCGGCUUCCCUCCCCAGCCAGCCCAUGGGGACGUGAGUGUGACAGACCUUCACCCUGGAGGCACUGCUGCUUUCCACUGUGAUUCGGGCUACCAGCUGCAGGGAGAGGAGACCCUCGUCUGCCUCAAUGGCACCCGGCCAGCCUGGAGCAGUGAGCCCCCCAGCUGCGUGGCAUCCUGUGGGGGCACCAUCCACAAUGCUACUCUUGGCCGCAUCGUGUCCCCUGAGCCCGGGGGAGCUGCAGGACCCAACCUCACCUGCCGCUGGGUCAUUGAAGCAGCCGAGGGACGCCGGCUGCACCUGCACUUCGAGAGAGUCUCGCUGGAUGAGGACAAUGACCGGCUGAUGGUACGCUCAGGGGGCAGUCCCCUCUCACCAGUGAUCUAUGACUCGGACAUGGAUGAUGUCCCAGAGCGGGGUCUCAUCAGUGACGCCCAAUCCCUCUAUGUGGAGCUGCUUUCAGAGACACCUGCCAAUCCCCUGCUGCUAAGCCUCCGAUUUGAAGCCUUUGAGGAAGAUCGCUGCUUCGCCCCCUUCCUGGCACAUGGCAACGUCACCACCACGGACCCUGAGUACCGCCCAGGGGCACUGGCCACCUUCUCGUGCCUCCCAGGAUAUGCCCUGGAGCCCCCUGGCCCCCCCAAUGUCAUCGAAUGUGUGGAUCCUACAGAACCCCACUGGAAUGACACGGAGCCAGCGUGCAAGGCCAUGUGUGGAGGGGAGCUGUCAGAGCCAGCUGGUGUGGUGCUCUCUCCGGAUUGGCCCCAGAGCUAUAGCCCUGGCCAAGACUGUGUGUGGGGUCUGCAUGUCCAGGAAGAGAAACGCAUCUUGCUCCAAGUUGAGAUCUUGAAUGUGCGCGAAGGGGAUAUGCUGACGCUGUUCGAUGGGGACGGUCCAAGUGCACGAGUCCUGGCCCAGCUGAGAGGGCCUCAACCGCGCCGCCGCCUCCUCUCCUCUGGGUCCGACCUCACGCUGCAGUUCCAGGCACCGCCCGGACCCCCCAACCCGGGCCUGGGCCAGGGUUUCGUGUUGCACUUCAAAGAAGUCCCGAGGAACGACACGUGCCCCGAGCUGCCGCCUCCGGAGUGGGGCUGGAGGACGGCCUCCCACGGGGACCUGAUCCGGGGCACUGUGCUUACUUAUCAAUGCGAGCCUGGUUAUGAGCUGCUCGGCUCCGACAUUCUCACCUGCCAAUGGGACCUGUCCUGGAGCGCAGCGCCGCCCGCCUGCCAAAAAAUCAUGACUUGUGCAGACCCGGGUGAGAUCACCAAUGGGCACCGCACCACCUCUGAUGCUGGCUUCCCGGUUGGCUCCCAUGUCCAGUACCGCUGUCUGCCCGGGUACAGCCUGGAGGGGGCGGCCGUGCUCACCUGCUACAGCCGGGACACGGGCACGCCCAAGUGGAGCGACCGGGUCCCCAAGUGCGCCUUGAAGUACGAGCCGUGCCUGAACCCUGGGGUGCCAGAGAAUGGCUACCAGACACUAUACAAGCAUCACUACCAGGCUGGCGAGUCUCUGCGCUUCUUCUGCUAUGAGGGCUUUGAGCUCAUCGGCGAGGUCACCAUCACCUGUGUGCCCGGCCACCCCUCCCAGUGGACCAGCCAGCCUCCACUCUGCAAAGUGGCCUUUGAGGAGCUCCUGGACAACCGAAAACUGGAAGUGACCCAGACCACUGACCCGUCACGGCAGCUAGAGGGUGGGAACCUCGCCUUGGCCAUUCUGCUGCCCCUGGGCUUGGUCAUCGUCCUCGGGAGUGGUGUUUACAUAUACUACACCAAGCUACAGGGAAAAUCCCUCUUCGGCUUCUCGGGCUCCCAUUCCUACAGCCCCAUCACGGUGGAGUCAGACUUCAGCAAUCCACUGUAUGAAGCUGGGGAUACACGCGAGUAUGAAGUAUCCAUCUGA